AUGGCAGCCUCAUUGUCCUCUUCGGUUACCUCGCUGCAGUCGUCGCUGAAUCUGCUAGACAAUUCAAUCACUACCCUUGAUUCUGGUGUAAAUGACUUUCCGCGCCUUUGUAAAGUCCUUUCGACAACGCGACACUUUGAGCUCCUUCCCGAGCCAACACUGCGCGAAGCACAGCAGUCUCUCCUCGACGAGAUCACCCCCAGCAUUGCCCAUCUUCUGACGCUCUCAUCGAACCACGUUGAAAAGCUCGCACGUCGCGAGCAAGGCCUAAAAGCACGAUGUGACCUCCAGGAGGGAAGACUUUCUUCUAACGCAGAGGGUCGCUCCUCUGCUUCUCGCAGUCAAGCUCAAAGCAGUGCAUUGCGGGGUCGCGUGGCGGGGUCGAGCGCUGGCUCAUCGAGCAAUGCAGCAUCCAAAGCGGCAGAGUACAAAAGACUUGUACAGAAGAAAGAAAGACUCAAGUUUGCUGUUGAUCGACUCGAGCUGCAGAGCCAGCAGAAGCAAAGGCAGCUGAGGAAGAGUAUGGCCGUGCAGUGA